CAUUUAUUUCCCCCUUUUUUCUUCCUUUCUUCUUUUUUUUUUUUUUAAAUUUCCCUUUUUAAAUUUGUUAUCCCCUUUAUUUUUUAACUCUCUUUUCCUCCCCCCAUUUUUAUUCCUCCCUCCCCCCCCCCCCUUUUAUUUAGUAAUCUUUAGUUUGGGGGUAGCACCUCCUGGCACGCUCGCUGCGCGCAGGCGCAGAGCCCCUCGCUUCACACCGCGGGAUGCUCCUGGUGGGACCCCCCCCAAACCUCCCCAACCCCUCCCUGCCUGCUCGGAGGGGGCUGUUUGGGUUUGUCGCCUGUGGAAGUGGAGGCAGGAGGAACACAGCGAGAGUUGAGGCUUGUCUGGUUGCCACUGGAGACCAGAGCUGCCCUGCGCACCUCUCCGGCCUCGGGGAAGGCACUGCCAGGAGACGCCGUGCCUGGCCCUUGUCCUAACACCCCCCCUUGGCACCCUCAUCCCCUCACCUGCCCCAUGGGAACCCUGCCCCAUUGCACCCCCAUGGGAUCUGCCUCCCCUCGCCGUGCCCUUUGGGUCCUUCCCCCAUUGCACGCGCCUCGGGGGCUCGCUGCUUAGUGUCCCACCUCUGUUGCCCCCAUGCAUGCACCUACGGGUGCCAUUUCACCCGCCUUUGGCUGCUCAGUGCUGCCGUGGCAUCCUUGGCAGAGAGGUUUUGGGGUCAGCCACGUCCCCGCGAGGCUGGAACAGUUUCUUGCUCAGUUGUAACUUUAGCGGGGAAAACUCCGGGGAGUUUGCUACUUGCUUGGGAAGUGCUUAUUUUCGGCUCUCUCCAGGAUCAGUUAAUUAUCACUGGGAAAAAAAAAAAUAAAUUAUUGCUAAGAUCUCAUAAUUAGGCAGCCUACCGAGGCUCGGCUGCUCAGGAGGCAGCAGAAAGCAAAUGUAUUUUGUAAAAUGUUUCUUGUGCGUGCGUGUGAAUAGAGCUGCACAGGCAGAGGGCUGGCAUCUGUACUUGCGCUCGACUGGAGAGCUGGUGCACGCUGGCAGCUCAAAAGACCUGCAAAAUAAUGAUUAGGAAAAAAAAAAAAAGGCAAGAAAGAAAUAAACCCUGCUAAAAGGCCUCCUGUUGUCCUAGCAGAGUUAGGUCUCAACUCAUUAUGAUCUGCUUGUGAAACCGUUGCUGCCUUUGGGGAAAAAACCUGUUAGUUAAUCUUUGCAGGGCCAGGUCUGCCUUGAUAUCCUGUUGGAGCAGCCUCUGGGCCGGGGGUCCAGGGCACAACCGUGGUGCUGCUGCUGCUAAUAAUAACACAAUAAGGAGUUUACCCGCUCUGAUCCGGCUAAAGACAGCAGCGAGGCUGGCACUGACACGAUCAGCCCCCGGCCUGUCCCCACAUUAGGCAGAUAAAGCUCACACAACAAAGGGCCGGGCAGCGGAGCAGAGAUGUGGUCCAGUUUUUUGGGGGAGCGGGUGCACAGGUUGCUUCGGGGAGGGCUACAGAGGGAUGGGGCUGUAGGGAAGGGAUCUGCAGAGGGCAGGUUUUGCAGCCGAGCAGCGCACGCCAACACGGCUGAGGCCAGGGUGUUCUCAUUUCCUUUGCUCUCCGAGUUAUAAUUUGUUCCACAUUGCAGUGCCGGGGCGGCCUCUCCCUCCGCUGGCAGCAUCCGAGCUGCGGUCGUUUCCAUUAUACCAAGGCUGCGAAUGCGAGCGGUUUCCGUUAAAAAAAAAAAAAAAAAAGGAAAAUUUUCAAAUAGGGAUCUGAGCAAAUAGCUUUUCUGGUUGCUGCUCUGGGAUGGUCACAGCUGAAAUCUCGCUGCCCAUCCACGCUGUGCACAUGCAGACACAGCCUUGCGGAGCUGCCUCUGCCUUGGGACGAGCCUUGGGGAAAUUCCAGGAGAUUAAAAAGUGCUUUAAUGGUGCUGCUGCUCUUCCCAGGAGGCAGUAAGAUGACCUGGUAGCUACAGGUUGAUUGGCUUGAUAUCAUCCCCCCGAGGAGGAGGAGAAGAAACCUAGCUUGGGCUUUGAUUGAUUAAAGACUUGAGCACCAGGAAGAAAUUCCUGCCACCCAACGUGGCCGCAUGGAAAAUAACUCCUGGCGAGUAGAAACGAUUUCAUUCUCUGACAAGAGAAGUGACUCUCUGGAUGUACCACACUUUUGUGACGCGUUUGAGUUAUGUGAUGUGAUAUUCUUGCAGAAAUCCGCACUCUGCAGUAUUAAAAAAAAAAUCAGUCCAGUAUUUAAAGCUGGCAUUACACAGCAUCAAGAAAGCCCGUAUUAAAUAAACCUGAUCCAUUUCAAAGGCAGUUAUCAGGGGAGAUUAUCACUGCUGGGCACUGCUAGCUGGUAGCACGCCCUCGGUGUUUCAGUGCCUUUAUCGCUAAUCGGGAAGGAGAUGGAACUGAUUUCUGGAAAAGCCUGCGGCUCGCACAGAGCAGCGCAGUGUUAAUGGUUUGGACAAAUAGGGGCUGCGAACUGGGCAAACGGGCAAACGAAAAGCAUCCUAAUUAAAGGCAGGCAGAAAAUGGAAAUCUUUUUUGUGCCCAAAACCAAUAACUGGAGUUUUGCAUGUUUUUCUGUCCCUAAUCUGGGCAAUGAAUUGAGCACUCACCAUUUCAAUACUGGGAGAGGCUGAGCGGGGGCUCCCUGUCUCCCCCCAUCCAGCAGGAGCUGCUAGGGGGGGUGUGCCUCUAUCUGGAUUUCUGUACUGGAAAAAUGAAAAAAAUCAGAUUAAUAGAAAUUUUACUCUGAAAAUAAAUAAACAACAAACACCAAAACCAGCCAUUUACGGUACAAGUAUGUUCUGUCCUGGCACUACCAGAUCUGCAUUUGGGCUUGUGGCAGCCAAAACCAUCUCCUACUUCUCAGUGGGGAGAUGCCAGACCUCUCAGGGAGGGAUGGAGGGGCUGCAGAGAGCGCCUUGCAGCUGGAGAUGAGAACAGCACCCCUUCGGUCCACUUAUCAAUAAAAUCAAGGGGGCAGGGGGCUCGAUCAAAGCAUCUAAACGCUCUCACGGAGGAGAAAACACACGAUAGCCGAAAGCUUGUUAAUUGAGCAGCGCAAAGCACGACGAGAAUCAAUGUCUGGCAGCCGAACUGGACGUCAGGCAUAAAUAUUUAAGCAGCGGGAGCGAUUAAUCACAGAAGCAGCCACGAGAGGCGGCGGCGGGGGGCUCAGCACCUCUCUGCCUGGCAGAAAGUUCCUUCCAUAGCCCCCACGUGGGGCUGGCUGCAGGGGCUGGGCUGAGCCCGCUCCCAGGCCUUCGUUAGGUGAGUUAAUUAGGCAGUGCUUUGGUCUUUAAUCACACAGAGAAGAGCCUGUCUCGUGCCCUGCUGCCUCUUUCCAAGAAACGCCUGUGAAAUCGGCACAGGCCCUUGGCAGGUGCUGCUUCUGCCGUCCAGUUUUUGUUACCCCUGGUCCCUUUCCUGCAGAUUCAUGAUAAGGAGGGUGAGGGGACGGUGCUUGGUGCUCAGCAAAACAUCCAGGAAGAAUAAAUCCUGGUGAGCAUCCAUCCCAGCAGCUGGGGGAAGGAGCUGGUGCAGGAUGUGAUGUCCUCCCGUGAACGCGGGGGUCCCCAGCCUGGUGUCCCCACCUGGGCAUGGGAGGGGGAGCUGGGGGUCGUGGGCGUGGUGCUGGUCCCGUCUCCUCUUUCUGAUAAUGUCUCUUUUCCCUCUUUUUCUCUCUCCCUUUCCUCCCGGGACCGCUCCUCCUCUUCCUCUCGCAGGACGCCCUCAGGACGAUGCCCGCCGGGGGAAAGACUACGCUGAGGAGGGGGACGGAUGGAAGGACAGGCAGGGUGUGAGAAGGAUGGCAAACCGCGUCCCAUGACGACCUCCCGCACCAUGUUUUACGGAUCCUCCUCCACCAUGGCUCCGCCGUCCAAGAACCGGCUGAAGCGCCAGAGCCGCCUCCUGUCCCAGGUCCUGCAGCGCACGCUGAGCUACAAGGACCGGAGCCCCACCUCGGCUUCCCCCGCAGGCGACGGGGACGACCCGGCCGAGCUCUCCACCCAGCUCUCCGCCCCGGGCAUCCUGAAGAUUUUCGGAGGCAACAUCUGCGCGGGCACCAACUACAAGAGCGUGCUGGCCACGGGCAGCUCGGGCGCACGGGAGCUGGUGAAGGAGGCCCUGGAGCGCUACGGGCUGAGCCAGCUGGGCGCCGGGCACUACGCGCUGUGCGAUGUCAUCGGCAGGUUCGAGGGCCCCGAGAAGCGGUGGCACACCGAGGGGCUCAGGGUCCUCGGGGACCACGAGAAGCCGCUGCUCAUCCAGGACCUCUGGAAGCCCAGGGAGGGCUUCUCGCGGCGGCUGGAGCUGCGCAGGCGGGCGGAGGUGGAGGAGAUGGCGGCCAGGGACGUGGACACCACCACGGCAGGCAUCAACGCCCAAGCGCGGAAACUGCAGCGGCACCGGGCCAGGGGGGCCAUGCGGGUGCUGGCGGGGGCUAAGCGGCUCAGCACCCCCCCGGCCCUGCGACGCAGCCUCAGCGAGAGCAGCCUGGGCCGCCCGGCGUCGCGGGACGAGGAGCAGCUCCGCAGGCACUGCUCCACCUUGCCCGACAGCCUGCGGGGUCCGGCCAGCCCGUGGGGGCCCGCGGCGGAGGAGCGGAGCGGGAGCAGCAUGCGGUACUCCCUCUACCAGUCCCCGCACCUCCUGCUCCUGCAGGGCUACAGCCAGCAGCAUGACAGCCUGGUGUACCUGCUGAACCGCGAGCAGCACACGGUGGGCCAGAGGACGCAGGCGAGCAAGCCCAGCAUCAGCCUGUCGGCCCCGGACAUCCUGCCCCUGCACUGCACCAUCAGGAAGCUCCGAGCAUCCCGGCACCGCUCCGAGGAGCAGCUGGUGCUGGAGCCCAGCGCCGGCGCCGGCGUCUCCAUCAACUUCUGCCAGGUGGCCCGGACGGCCGUGCUGCGGCACGGGGACCUGCUGUCCCUCGGCCUCUACUACCUGCUCCUCUACAAGGACCCCAUGAAGGCUCAGCCUCUGCCGGCGCAGACCCUGCUGCGGCUGCGGGCGCUGCACCCCGAGGGCCCCCCCAUCUGCGGGGCGUGCGGCAGCCUGCUGAAGGAACGGGGUUUUUCGGGGGCUCCUUCCAAAAAACGGGGCCCUUCACCCACCGGCGGCCCCAGGGCUCCCCGCAGAAAGCUGCUGCUGGAGUUUGAGCCGGCGGCCGAGGACGUGCUGCUGCGGCGCAUCGUGACCCUGAUCGAGCCGGGGGGGGACGACCACAAGCUGACCCCCGCCUUCCUGCUCUGCCUCUGCAUCCAGCACUCGGCCACCAGCUUCGAGCCCGGAGACUUCGGGCAGCUGCUGCUCAAAGCGGCCAAAAUGAUCCAGAGGACGGUGUGGGAGCGGACGCGGGAGCUGGCUGAGAAGCAGUCCCAGCACCAGGACCCCGCCGCCCUGUCCUGCUUCGGCAUCGCAGACCUGCUGCCGGACCUGCAGCACAUCCUCUUCUGGAUGUCCAACGCCAUCGAGGUCCUCUACUUCGUCCAGCAGAAGUCGCCCACCUACAUCCAGAGCAUGGAGGAGGAGCUGGACAUCAAAGGCUCCAAGGAGUCUCUGUUCUCCUCGACCAUCACAGCCAGCGAGGAGGCGAUGACGGUGCUGGAGGAGGUGAUCAUGUACACCUUCCAGCAGUGCGUCUACUACAUCUCCAAGUGUCUGUACGUGUCGCUGCCGGCCCUGCUGGAGUGCAACCCCUUCCAGAACGAGGGCCGGGAGGGCUGGCGGGCGUCCCCGCCGCUGCCCGAGGAGCUGCGCAGGGUGGUGCUGACCUACCAGGCUGUGCUGGACCUGCUCCGCCAGUACGAAGUGCACCCCGAGAUCACCUCCCAGAUGUUCGCCUACCUCUUCUUCUUCUCCAACACGCUGCUCUUCAACCAGCUCCUAGACAAGGGCUCCUCUCUUGGCUGCUUCCACUGGUCGCAGGGGGUGAAGCUGCGAGCCAGCGUGCGGCUGCUCCUCGAGUGGCUGCGCGACGCCGGCUUCGAGCAGCUGGCCCAGCAGUUCUUCGCCAAGCUGGCCAGCGUGGCCAACCUGCUGGCCAUGCCCGGCUCCCAGCUGCUGCAGAUGAGCUGGCCGGCCCUGCGAGCCGAGUUCCCGGCGCUGAGCCCCGCGCAGCUCCACCGGGUGCUGAGCCAGUGCCAGGCGGUGAUGGACGUGGGCUUCGUCGCGGCUUGGCAGCCCGGCGAGGAGGACAGCACGACCGCCUUCCAGCACGAGGGGAUGCUGGAGUCCUUCGACAACCACCCGCCCAUCAUCCUGCCCAGCGGGGGCUUCAAGGUGGACCUGGAGGUGGAGACAUUGGACGACAACAUCUACCGGCACCUCCUCUACAUCCGCCACUUCCUCUGGAGCCUGCAGAGCAAGAGCCCCCAGGGCGGGGAAGGGCCAGGCUCAGCACCCCCAAAGAAAGAGCCACGCGCAACACCAGAAGUCCUGGAGGAGAACACGAGCCUGGUGGCAGCCCCGGGGAGCAGCACGGUCACCCCGGGGGGCUGCUGCUCCCCAGGGGGCUGCACCGAGCCGGAUGGGAGCCCCCUGCCCGCCCUGGCUGCCAACGGCUGCCCCCGGCAGCACCCCGCCAGUGAGCCGCAGCUCCAGGAGAAGCUCCAGCAGCUGCAGCUGGGCAGGGGCCCGCCCCCCCCGGCCCCCUCCUGCCUGCUGACGCCCCCCACCACCCCACUGAACUUCGACUCCGCCAGCCCGGAGUCCCCGCAGGGCACCGGCAAGACUCUGCAGGACCCGCGGAGGAACGGGAUGAACGGCACCAAAGGCAGCACCCCUGAAGGCUGCUCGCCGACCCCCUACGACUACCCCACGCCGGAAUCCUCCAGCCGCAGCUCUGCCACCGAUGACUUCUGCUACGUCUUCGUGGUGGAGCUGGAGAGAGGGCCCCUGGGGCUGGGGAUGGGGCUGAUCGACGGCUUGCACACGCCUCUCACCUCUCCCGGCAUCUACAUCCGCACCCUGAUCGAGGACAGCCCCGCGGCCGCCGACGGCAGGCUCUCCAUCGGGGACCGCAUCCUGGCUGUCAACGGCACCAGCCUCAUCGGGGCGGACUACCAGAGUGCAGUGGACCUCAUCCGUUCCGGAGGGAAGAAGCUGCGGUUUCUGGUCGCCAAGUCAGACAUGGAAAUAGCAAAGAAAAUCAUCUCCAGCUCCUCUUCUUCUUAGUUCUGGUGGUACAAGGGGCUCUCUGCAGCAACUGGAGCUGCACCCGCGAGCUAAGGCUGACCUCGUGGAGCCCGGAGUGCACGAGGGAGGACUAGGACUCCACAACUGCCCUCGAUUUGCUUUUCAACACCUUGCCCUGCGCUGCAGUGGAUGGAAGGACACACAAAGGUGCUGCACGCUUCUCCCCACUGCACCAGCUGGGAGCACCAUUCCUGAUCCAUCGUCCAAAUCUCACCUUACAGCCUGUGUCAUCCUUCUCAGAAGCUUUCCUGCUCCUCCAUCCUCCUGGAAGAGAGCAGGAAGGGAUGCUCGCCCCACGGAGGCUGGAAGCAGGCUCCUCUGUUCCUCCAGGCUGACAGCCCUGCAUGGUUCUCCUCACUCUGGCACAAACAUUCAGGAACGCA